AUGCCUGCCAAACGACACGCGGCCUCAACUACCUCCGCAACAACAGCGUCGGCACCCGUCACGCUCUCCUCCGGCCCUGCUACCCUGAAAACCAAUGCUUCGGCCGCUGAAAUCGCCCAGCAUGUGUGGCAGCAGUAUACCACGACGACGCCACAGCGCACAAUGCUCCUCGACGCUUUCAUGGCUUUCCUAGUUCUCGUCGGCGGCUUGCAGUUCUUGUACUGUGUGCUGGCCGGAAAUUACCCCUUCAACGCUUUCCUGAGUGGCUUCUGUGCCGCUGUUGGCCAAUUCGUGCUUACUGCUAGUCUCCGCAUGCAGACAAGUGAUGAUUCCCGAGCUCCUACGAGCAAGCCUAGUUCCAAAGGAAAGAAUGCCCGGUUCGCAGACGAAGAUGGCGAGGAAGAGGCAACUGGCAUUUCGCAUGAGAGGGCUUUCGCCGAUUACGUCUUUGGAAGCUUGAUCCUACACUUCUUCUGCAUCAACUUCAUCAACUAA